AUGGUUGAUGAGAUCGUAUGCCUCCUGGUCUCCUGGUGGGGAGUGAGGGAGGAAGAGGAGGACUCAGGCCUCCUGGUCUUCUGGUGGGGAGUGAGGGAGGAAGAGGAGGACUCAGGCCUCCUGGUCUUCUGGUGGGGAGUGAGGGAGGAAGAGGAGGACUCAGGCCUCCUGGUCUCCUUCGUGGGGAUCUCUCAUGUGGUGAGCAAUUUCUCUCAGUGUGAGGAAUUCUUUCUGAAUAAGAAGACUCCUAAUAUUCCAACUAUAUUGAAGGAUGGGAAGGUCCAGAACCAGACCCGCUACAAGCCGAUCUGCCAGAAGUACCAAAACACCUACAGGUUUGCGACUCUCUACGACACGACCAACAGGAUCCCUGUGUUCUCAGCCUACAAGUUCACUGGUGCUGUGAAAGGGAGACCAAGUCAAGCCUGGAUGAUUGAGCCCCAGGUCAAAAGCAUCAAUUUAACAAACCAGGCUGUGGACGCAGACUACGAAAAAAACAAUUUAAGUAUGGACAGAGGUCACCUUCUUCCAUGUCAAUAUGCUGCUGAUAUAGAUGCCAAGAAGUCCACGUUCACCCUGACCAACGCUGUUCCCCAGGCAAGUUCCUUCAACAGAGUCAGCUGGAGGAAGAUGGAAUGCAGUGUCAAGAAAAUCCUUGAGAGCAACUGUAUAGAUGCCAACGGAAAACUAAAAGCCAACCUGGUGACCGGAGCGGUUCCUGGGAAUAACUAUCUGAACAAAGUGAACAUUCCGUCUUCCAUGUGGACCGCCUUCUGCUGUUACAACCGCAAUACAAAGAAGUGGAUCGCCCAAGGAUACUGGGGUAAAAAUGAAAAGAGUGUCAAACCUCCACUGAUAACCUUAAAAGAUCUUGAGGAAGAAUUGGCAAAGGCUUACAGUACAAAUCCAAACCCUGUCAAAGUGUUUCCAGACGAGUGUCCCAGAAAUGUAAAAGACAUUAAGAGGAAGAGACGACUAGUGAAGGAGGUGGAAGGAGACAAAGACAGAAAAAGGCAAAGAGAAGAAAUGGAUGAUUGUGGUAUUUUGGUUCAAGGGACUGUCCCAAAACCGAAUCAGAAACGCUACAAGCCGAUCUGCCAGUUAUUCAACAACGCCUACAGGUUUGCGACUCUCUACGACACGACCAACAGGAUCCCUGUGUUCUCAGCCUACAAGUUCACUGGUGACGGUGGAAAGAGACCAGUUCCAGCACCAUGGAUGAUAGAGCCCCAGGCUAGAAACCAGGACUACAAAAACUCUAAUAUUGUAAAUAGAGGUCACCUGUUCCCUUGUAUGCACGCUGAUGAUGAUGAGGCCAAGGAGUCCACCUUCACCCUGACCAACAUCGUACCCCAGGUGGAGACCUUCAAUGUUGGCAGUUGGGAGGAAAUGGAGGAAAACGUCAAAAAGAAAAUGGAACAAUCUUGUAAGGAUAAUAAUAUCAAAAUAGAGGCCUAUGUGGUGACUGGAGCGGUGCCCAGUGACAACCCAGUGAAUAAACUGAACGAUCGGGUGGGAACAUGGAAGCCGGCUCAGCUGCGCAGAGAGAUCUAUGCUGCCUGGGUCAUCCUGAUUCUUCUGUCUCUUCUGAGCAUGUGCAGAAUGAUCUACUGGGGUUGCCUGAAGAUCAGUCAGCCUCUACCACAUGUCACAUGA